AUAUUCCAUUUCCAUAUUCAUUUUAUCUUCAAGUCACAGUGUGUGCCUCUCUUCUUAGUUCUUACUACCUCACCGACUCUGUUACCAUCUUCCGGUGAAGCGAUCUCGGGAAAAAGAAAGUUAUCUGCACGCACUAAGAGGUUUAGCCGCACAAGUUCUAAACUGACAGAUAAUGGGUCGUGGUGUCAGUGCCGGUGGAGGUCAGAGUUCUUUGGGCUAUCUCUUUGGCACUAAUGAACCUGCCAACAAUGCCCCAGCUCCAGCUGCAGCCAAUGCCCCGGCUGUAAACAAUGCCCCAGCUGCACCAGCUGCACCAGCUGCAAGCCGUGAACGUCAGCCUGCAGAUGGUGGUCAUACCGAAAAUGCUACUGUUACAUCACCGAUUGAUAAGCAAAUUCCAGCUGGAAUUCCUGGGAAUCUCAAAAACAAUUACCAUCGUGCUGAUGGACAAAACUGUGGCAACUUCCUCACGGAUCGACCAUCUACCAAGGUUCAUGCGGCUCCAGGUGGAGGGUCUUCCUUGAAUUACCUCUUUGGUGGUCCUCCUCCUGAGAACAAGUAAUUCAUCACUGUGAAGAAUGCUUUUCAUUCAAGAGUUAAAGUCCUUCAUAUGUGACUUACCCUUUUGUGAAAUAGAUAGUAUUUCCCUAUGUUUAGACUCAUGGAGUUGUUUCUUGUGCAACAAUAAACCCAUUUCCUUGAAAAUGUUGGAGUGGCCAAUGGCCCGAACUAUGGUGAUUCAUAGGUUUAUUGUGAUGUGCAAUUAUGUGUGUGUCAUUUAAUGUAAAAUACUCUGCCUAUGAGCAAAUAGUAUCCCCUAAUUGUUGUCCUACUUCUAUAACUUCAUCUUUAUUUGGCUA